CCUCCGCAGGCACACAGCACCUCACCCCAGAGCUACCAUGACCCACCGCUGCAGGAGGUCUUCUGGUCUCUGGAAGAUCGUGGUGUGGGAUGAGCCUUUCUUCCAGGGCAAGAAGCACGAGUUCACCACUGACUGCUACAGCACCGCGGAGCACGGCUUCAGCACCGUCCGCUCCUGCAAGAUCGAGAGUGGGGCGUGGGCAGGCUUCGAGCACUGUGGCUUCCAGGGGCAGCAGUUUGUGCUGGAGCGUGGUGAGUACCCGUGCUGGGAAGCAUGGAGUGGCAGCAACGCCUACCACGUGGAGAGAAUGUGCUCCUUCCGCCCCAUCACCUGUGCCGACCAUGGGCGCAGCAGGCUGAUGCUCUUUGAGCAGGAGAACUUCCAGGGCAGGCGGGGGGAGCUGACUGAUGACUGCCCCUCACUGCCAGCCCUGGGCUGGGGCAGCAGCGCCGUGGGCUCCUUCCUCAUCCUCUCUGGCGCGUGGGUCUGCUCACAGUACCCGGGGUACCGGGGCUUCCAGUACCUCCUGGAGAGUGACAGCCAUGCGGGAGAGUACAAGCACGUGCGGGAGUGGGGCUCUCACGCGCAGACUGGGCAGGUCCAGUCCAUCCGCAGGGUCCAGCAGUGACCACCGGUGCCAGAGCCGCGGUGCCACCAGAGCCACUGUGCUGCUGGUUGUGCACCCUGGACACCAUCUCUCCUGCACAGCGGUGGCGGCAAAGCUCAAUAAAGGCUCAGUUGUCCAAUGCUGCA